AUGAGUUCCAAGCACUGGAACAUGAACGUUUCCGACAACGACAGCGAUAGUUUUGUAGACGCAGAGGAUACGUUCUAUGAUUCAAAUGGUCGUCCAUUAAAUCUCAGAUUUUCCGCUGUUCAGCUAUCAUCCGCCGCUCGUCAUAAGCUGUUAGCGUCUCUACCCAAGGAGGAGGAUACCAAACGCAUUAUUCCAGAGAUAUCAGUUACUGAUACAUCUAUAGACAAUGGGGAACAAGAAUUGAGUGGAUUAUCUGAUGGACCCGAUUACAGUCUGUCAGAAAGUGGAUCAUUAUCAGAAGACGACCAAACUGCAAAAGCCGAUGUAUCAUCUAGAAUAGAUAAGGAUAAUGCAUCAUUGGCUUCAGGUAAAGCUAUUUACAAUACCAGGGCGUAUGAUUUCGAUGCAUAUUCUUUUGCGUACAUUCUUGCUGUCUCUCUACUUGGAGCCAAUGACAACCAUCCUUCUCAAACUUUGUCCGAAACCGAUAAUUACGAAGAAGAUCUCGAUGUGACAGUGUAUGUUAAAGAUCUAGACACUGGGAAGCAAGUAUUAGCAGCAGAUGUAGAAGCAGAACUGAAAAAAUCAAACAGCGGGAAAAUCGAUCCGCUUUCGUUUCAUAUACUGAAACGAACAGGCUCUGAUACUGAGAUGGGCAGUCCUCGAGAGGAUGACGCUAAACGCGGAAAUGGCAAUUUGAAUGGCUUGUCAAAAGGGAUUGAUGAUGAUUAUAAUGAGCACGACAAAAAAGAUAAAGAGAAAAAUAGUAAACAUAAUCGUCCAAAGUCGUUUCUGACUCGGCUGAAGAAGCGGUCUUCUAAUCACGAAAAAAUUGAAGAGGAUACAGAAGAUAAUUUUCUUACGGGAAACACUGCCCCUGUAUAUUCUGAUGUUCAAUCUUAUGAUGGUCAGGCUCAGCCGCGAUACAUCAAGGUUAGAACACGUUUCAAAACCAAAAAGGACUUUAACCGCCUUUUCCUAGCUCAGGAACUCUUCAACCCCAACACACAGUCUUCCAAAUUUGGUUCAAAUAAAACGGGAGCGAUAUGGAUUAUGAAGUUUAGUAAAGAUGGUAAAUUUUUAGCGACUGGAGGCCAAGAUGCUGUUGUUCGUGUUUGGGCGGUAAUAUCUAGUGAUGAGGAAAGAGAACAUUUUGCUGAAGGGAGUGGAACGAGCAUAUACGAAGGAAAGAGCGGAGCCAAGCUUGGUGCUCCGGUAUUUAGAGAUAAGCCUAUGUAUGAAUAUCAUGGACAUACUGCUGACGUGUUAGAUCUAAGCUGGAGCAAGAACAAUUUCUUGCUAUCUUCGUCGAUGGACAAGACAGUGAGAUUAUGGCAUAUAACACGCUCGGAAUGUCUAUGCUGCUUUCAACAUACUGAUUUUGUUACUGCGAUUGCAUUUCACCCGAAGAUACAGAACUUUCCUAACUCGGAUCCAUUGGUGCCCAAAUAUCCACCUAUAUUAAUACUGAUCGAUGGUUCUAUGCAUGAAUACUCUACUCAUCGCAACACGCAGGAUGAUCGUUUUUUCCUUUCCGGAUCAUUGGAUUGCAAACUUCGUUUAUGGAAUAUUCCUGACAAGAAAGUUGCUUACUGGAACGAACUGGAUUCACAGCUUAUCACGGCUGUUGGAUUUUCACUAGAUGGCAGGAUUUCUGUGGCUGGGAGUUUUACUGGACUGUGUCUAUUUUACGAAACAGAAGGGUUAAAGUAUAAUACACAAAUACACGUCAAAAGCUCACGUGGUAGAAAUUCCAAGGGAAAAAAGAUUACAGGGAUUGAGGCAAUGCCAGGAACUUCACCUGGGCAAGACAAGCUUCUCAUAAGCUCCAAUGAUUCACGUGUACGUCUUUACAACAUGCGCGACAAAUCGCUGGAAUGCAAAUACAAAGGAUUGGAGAACACGUGUAGUCAAAUACGUGCUACAUUUAGUGAUGACGGGCGGUAUAUUAUUUGCGGGUCAGAAGAUCGAAAUGUGUACAUCUGGAACACUGACCAGUCGGGAAUGCAUACGUCAAAAAGUAGCGGGGGUGGAUUCCUGCUGAAGAAAGACAAAGUGAGCUACGAGUAUUUUGAAGCUCAUUCCAGUAUAGUAACCGUAUCCAUAUUUGCUCCAACUCGCACGAAAAGACUGAUAGCACAGUGCAGUGACCCAAUCUUUGCCCGAACGCAGGAUCGCACUGAAGAAGACUCAUCAGGAUUGCCAACCUAUCCGGAUGGCAAUAUCAUUGUUUGUGCCGAUUACAGUGGCAGUAUCAAAGUUUUCCGAAAUGAUUGUGCGUACUAUGCCAACCAAGAUACGGAUAAUGUUUCAAUCAAGAGCAAUAGAUCUUGGAAUUCAACAAUGAACAAUCUUAUUGCAUUUGGCACCCAAGCGGCACGCAGACAAAGCGAUGCCUCUAGUGUGUUUUCUGCUGGAUCACGAAGCACUCGAGGCGCUGGUUCGGUCAACGAUGAGAAGGCUGCAGGGCAGCAGGUCAAAUGUUUGUGUGGGUCAACGGACUUCAACGCGUUUCUGCGUGGAAGUCCCGUGUUGGUGUGCGUUGGUUGUGGAAAAUCCAGGGAUGUUCACGUGUAA